AUGCUGCCUUCAUUUUUCGCGUUGACGCUCAUCACUCCGCCUCACAGCAUGCCGCCGGUCGCUGUUCACCGCUCGGCUGCCCUCACCUUUGCUCCGGCUUCUCGCACCGUGCUGCGUGUCUUUCCGACGACGACCGUCGCAGGGCUCGGUCCCUCCACCAUCGGACUGGGGGUGCCUCGCGCCAACCGAGCCAACCCUGCUAACGGCGGGAACGCCGAAGGCAACUGGUGGACGCCAUCGUCGGCUCUGGACACGGACUGUGACGGCAAUCCGGUCACUGCGACGACAAAGCUCUCGCGCGAUUGCAUCUACCAGAAGAAGGUGGCGGAGAUCAGGGACCGGCAGGCCAUCUCGCAGGAGAACGCGGGCUACAAGGUGGAGCGGUUGGAGCAGAUCUCUGUGCGGGCGGAGCGCAAAGCCGCAGAGAAGGCAGCGCGUGCGGCAGCAGACAAAGCUCGUUUCGACAAGUAUGCGCAGAGAAGAUAG